AUGGGGAAGGUAAGGAGGCGUUGCAAAGACUGCUACUUGGUCCGAAGAGGUACUAUUUUUGACAAAACGAAAGCUCCUGAAUUGCUCCAAUUGAAAGCGGUUCAGGUCAUAUUGAAUACCUCCUUUAAACCAACUACUAGCAGUACGCAGUCGUCCCAAGUACCAAAAAGAGUUUGUAAGGAAUUAGAACAGGAGAAUUUCAAAAGGCUGAAAUUAGACGAUUCUAUUAGUGCCAUAAAUAAAAGUUUAACUAAAGAUUUCUGUAUUCAGAGACAAAUAUGUGUUGACUCUUUUAAUUCACCUAACCGAGUGGUAAGAAGAAAAUUUCCUGGACCAGCCGGACUUUUACCCGAAAUAGGAGCAGAUAAGUCCAUUUUACAACUCCUAAAAAAUGAAAGAUUGAAAACUGACAAUGUCGAAGACAUGCCCAUUUUAUCCCAACAAACCAACUCAGUUUUUGAAAAUGGUCCAUGGAAAGAAAUGUGUAAAGAUUUUCGUUGGCCCAAUAGAGAGAAUUUGGUUGAAAGAUUUAACAUAAAGUGGAUCAAAAAGCAAGCAUUGAAGCAACUUUUGAAUCACAAGGCACCUUUUUUAGCAGCUAUGAUACAGAAUUUAGAUAUUGUAGACGGGAAGAUUCCUACCAUUAACGUUAUUUUAAAGGACACUACAGGUGAUAUACGUGGAACAAUAUUACACAGUCUUUAUGAAGAGUAUUCCAGUUACUUCAGGAUUGGUUCAGUAUUAGUUUUAAAACAUUUUGGAGUUUUAUCCGCUGGUCACAACAACCACUGUUUGUCGAUAACUCCUAACAAUUUGAUAUCGAUAUACUGCGGCGAAGUACUACAAAAAUUGUGUAACGAAUAUAGUUGUGGCGAAAAUACAAGCAGGGAUUCCAUUAAAAAAGUUAUAAUUCAAGACUAUAAUGUGCAGGAGAUCUUGAACAAAUAUAAUGAGGACGUUCUAACCCACUCACAAGAGAAGCAAAGGAAGAUUCCUUUUGGAAAUAGCUCUGAUGAUGCUGGAACUAGCUUCGUUCCUAACGAUAACAGUUCUUCUGUAGGUAGUAACUUAUUGUUAUCACAUAUAAGUCGUAAGCCGCAUCGAAGCUGUGAAAACAUAUCAACUGUUGCAGUUAGUACUAGUAAUAGUUGUGCUACAAAUCGCGAGGAAUUUAGUACCGCUCUAACUGAUGUGGACAGAGAUAAGAGCCCUGUGAAGAAGAAAUUUAAAUAUAAGAAACAUUUCAGUAGUCCUAACGAUAGUAAAACAGGUGUAAGUGAAAACGCCAUGUUUAAUAGCGAUAAGAAAGUAGAUGGGGGUGUUAAAACUUGUGAUAGUCUAGUUAUAGCCACGAAACAGAUUUGUGUGAAGCCUGAUAAUAAAGAACACACGGAAAUCUGGAAAAAUUUAUUGGACGGUGUAGAUACAGAUUCACUCUUUGAUGAUUUUUGAUUAUGUAAAUAAAUUAUGUAUUUCUUUAUUUUGUAAUAAAUACUUUGAAGCA